CUCUUUCCCCGAUACUCUUCGUUCGUGAAAAUCGCAGCUCGCCGAGGAACUGUGCCAAAAAUAUGGGAUCCAACAGGAAAUAUCGUCCGCCAUCACAGCCACGUACCUCAAACACUUUCGCAAGUGUCCUGACAACCCGGCGUACAGUCUCGACACGUGGCGAACGAAUCUAUGGUCGAAAGCACUCGGUGAAACAUACUCGUAUAUCGCCAAUGAUAUUUACUCCAGAUGGCUCUGUCUUCGGUAUCGCUAUUUGGCACUCAGCAUGGAAACUGUUACGAUGCUCCGGGAGUUACGCAAAAAAUAUCUUCUCGGCUUGAUCACCAAUGGACCCUCCAACGCCCAGUGGGAAAAAGUACACAAACUCGAGCUGCAACAGCACUUCGACGUUAUACUCGUUUCCGGUGAUCUUCCUUGGGAGAAACCUCAGUCUCGUAUCUUUGAAGAGGCUUGUCGAUGUCUUGGUGUCGCACCCAGAAAUUGUCUCAUGGUCGGCGAUAAACUUGAGACCGAUAUUCUCGGAGGAAUCGAGGCCGAUCUCGGUGGCACAGUGUGGAUACCGAUAAGCGAUAAAACUCGUUUAACAGCCGAAGAUCCGAAGCCGGAUUACACGAUAAAGCGUAUAACGGAUUUGCUGGUGAUUCUGAAACGAGUUCCGGGGGCACCGGAGUUGGAGGAUUCGUCAUCAAACGCCUCCGACGGUAGUUGAUGAGUGACAGCAGCUGAAAAACACAACGAGGGAAGCGAGGGCGUCGUUAAAGGGGAAUUUUAUGUCCACUUUAUUGGAGCAACGGCAAAUCGACGUGAAUUAACGUCGCCGUUUGUAUCCUUCAACUUUGCGAUGAUAGCAAUAAUUCCGGGAGACCGUUGAUUCUCAUCGAUCGAUUAACGAAUCGUUUGAUCCAAUGGGAGAGUCGAAGCGCGGGGUUCACUUAUCGAGCGGUCCUGUUCUUCGAUGAGCAACAGCACGAACUCGAAUUUUAGCCGACCGAUUGCGUACACUGAACAAGUGGCCUCUCAAUUUUUCAAUGUUGCACCCACGCCGAACGUAAUACAAUAUCUAUGAAAUGGUAGAACUACCAUACGGUCGUAAUAUAAGUACAAGAAUGAAAAUGAAGCAAAAAAAAAAGAAUUAAAAAAAUAGUUUCUCAAAGCACGUACAAAACCAGUCUAUACGAGGUGAAUGUUCUGGUCGACAAGCACAAUUCGACGUCGGAGCUUUAACGUUAAAUAUGUAUAGUAACUUUUAUUUUCCUACUCAAUUAUUUUUCUUCUUUAAAAAAAAGUAUAUUUCUCGAAACAGUACUCAAUUUAGUGCGUACGUAAAUGUAAACUAUUGCUAGACUAUUUUCGAUAGAUCGAACUUUGAAUGAUCUCACUUAUUGAUCGAUUUUUAGCUCGAUAACGGAAUAUUGUUACUUACUCCUUUUCAACUCAGAUUUUAAUCGAGUCUGAGACACAUAAUGUGUUGCAAAAACUCGACGAGAUGGAAGGGACUCGAUAUCCCGAGUAUAAUCAAGAAAACAAAAAACUAAGCAGGACAUACGCCCUCGAACGAUGAUCCUGAAGAUAAAAUUAGUUGAUAAAAAUGACGUAGGAAACCAGAGACGGUAAACAGUAUAUUUUUGUUUAUUUGAAGCGGUAGAAAUGAUUUUUUGCAAUUUCUAAGUUUUUUUUUACUCACUCAAGAGUACGUAUGUGCGUAAGGGAAUGCGUGUACGAGAGUAGAAAGACUCUCUGUACGUACGAAGAGAGCUUGACAUGCUCUCACACACGAGUUUUAUUUCGUGUAUCAAAAGUGUAUGUGUAUAUGUAAAUAUAUAUAUGGCAUGUACAUUUGGUUUAUGUACAGUUGCAAGAUGGGCUAUACAUGUUGACGUGCAUUGACGCAUUAUAUUUUUUCACAAUACUAGAUAUAUUUUAUCGUUGUUGGAUGAUGAAACGCACAAAACUCGCGCUAAUUUCCCUAUAAAUGUACUCGAGAAGAAACGAAGGAGAGGGGGGAGUUUAAAACAAUUAAAAAUUGAUGAAAUGUCCUAUGUUCUACAUGUAACUUGGGAUUAAAUUGCGCGAAUAAAGAACAAGUUGAAAAUUCA